GCCGCUGCGGAUAGACGCGAUGCAGAAGAAGAGGUGGCGCUCGGUGGCAUAGCAAGACAUAGGCGGUUAGAUCGCCGUAGCUGACAGGCGAGGCAGGAGGGGGGUCUAGCGAGAGGAGCCGCACUCCGGGCUGCGCGAAAUUCCGCAUCCCCUGCAGCACUGACGAUCCAGCCCCACCAGGAUGACAGUGGCAGCUGUGGAAAACUUGGACGAGUCCUCGGGUCUGCCCGAACAUCCGCAGGAGACGUUCGCCCAGGACCACAAUGAGUACGAAUGCUGCGAAAGGGUGGUCAUCAACAUCUCGGGCUUGCGGUUCGAGACUGAGCUCAAGACACUCGUCCAGUUCCCCGAGACUCUGCUGGGGAACCCCAAGAAAAGGAUGCGCUACUUCGAUCCCCUACGAAACGAGUACUUCUUCGACAGGAACCGCACCUGUUUCGACGCGAUCUUGUAUUAUUACCAGUCGGGCGGCAAGUUGAGGAGACCGGUCCAUAUUCCGCUGGACAUGUUUGCGGACGAGAUCAAGUUUUACGAACUUGGCUACGACGCCAUGGAGAAAUUCCGAGAGGAAGAGGGAUACGAAAGGGAGAAAGAGCGCCCCUUGCCCGAAAGGGAAUUUCAGCGCCAGCUCUGGCUCCUCUUCGAGCAUCCUGAGAGCUCCAGCAGCGCCCGGGGAGUCGCUAUAAUAUCCGUGUCGAUCAUUCUCAUCUCCAUCAUCAUAUUCUGUUUAGAGACUUUGCCCGACUUGAAGACUGAUCCCGCGGACUACUUCCGAAUCGUGGGCAACGUCACUUUGUAUUACAAGCCAAAUAUACUGCUCAACCCAUUCUUCAUUGUGGAGACACUCUGCAUCAUUUGGUUCACUUUCGAACUGGUAGUGCGAUUUUCCGCCUGCCCCAGCAAGCCGGCUUUCUUCCAGGAUAUAAUGAACGUCAUAGAUAUCGUGUCCAUCAUUCCCUAUUUCAUAACCCUGUGUACCGAGUUGUCGGAAGACCAUGGAGAAGUGGAAGAACUGAAGGAUGAUCAGGGGGGGUCCCUGGCCAUCCUCAGAGUGAUUCGUCUGGUUAGGGUGUUCCGCAUCUUUAAGCUGUCCAGACACUCCAAGGGUCUCCAGAUUUUAGGACAGACCCUCAAGGCCAGCAUGCGCGAACUGGGCCUGCUCAUCUUCUUCCUCUUCAUCGGUGUCGUCCUCUUCUCCAGUGCCGUCUACUUCGCAGAGGCGGAGGAUAAGGAAUCCCACUUCGCCAGCAUUCCCGACGGCUUCUGGUGGGCGGUGGUAUCCAUGACCACUGUGGGUUAUGGGGACAUGUGCCCAGUGACCGUUGGGGGCAAGGUAGUGGGCUCCCUGUGCGCCAUUGCUGGAGUACUAACGAUCUCGCUGCCGGUGCCCGUGAUCGUCUCCAACUUCAAUUACUUCUACCACAAGGAGACCGAAGGGGAAGAAGAAGCGAAGCUCCUCAACAUCAGCACCCAGAACAUCUCGUCGGACGGCGACUCCAGUCGCCGCGGCUCGUCCGUCCUCAGCAAGUCCGAAUACAUGGAGAUCAACGAGGACAUGAACAACAGCUUCGACAACUUCAGGGAUAUGAACCUGAGAACUGGAAACUGCACCGCGGACAAAAACGUCAAUCGGAACAAGAUUUUAACCGACGUCUAAAACUUACAUACAGCUAUAUAGAAUAUUCCAGAUCACCCAGCGUAAUCAAUCUAAUAUGAACGGGCAGUGCAAGUAUUAGGCUAAAAAACGAAAAGUCAUUACAUUUAAAAGACAUGACAUUUAUAUUAAAAUGCGACUAAAAUACAGAGAUAAUAUAUUUGAUCUACACCAUAUGCAGGACGGAAGUCUGUUGUCAGACAUGAUGCGAUCACUAAAAUAUGAAAAUAAAGCAGUCACAGCAUCCUAUUGAUCCGAGUUGUGGACUUAAAGGAGAUGCUUUACUUAAGAGUGAAAAAAGCGCGUCUCUUCUAACUAAGGGAAGGUGCAUGACGUAAUGAGAUCGGGAACGCUAGGCCCACCGAAUUAAUACUGCAACUUCGCCGGGUGGGAACUUUGCCAUAUCCGUCGGCAGUUUUAGCUGAACUGUGACAGACAGUUCGGUCAAGUGAACUGUUACUCUCUACGUUGCAGCAUUAGAAAGAUAGAUGUUUCCUCAUAUAACUAGAAGCUGUUUUUAAACUGAAAUGUCGCAAGCUAUUAUUUAAAUGGUUGAUGAAUUCCUUUAAAAAAGUAUUAUUUAGAAAAGUGCUGAAUGUCAGAUCCCGAGUUUUGAAUGCCAUAGCAUGUAUAAAUACUGAACAAUUUGUGGUCUAAUCAACUAAGAGCAAUGUAUCCUGCUAUAUUUGAUGCAUGACGUCAGUAUUAGACGUUCGUGGUAACUGGGCAAAUCGGAGCGACGUAAUGGUUUUCCCAGUCGUGAAAUAAGCAUCUUUCUAAACUCAUUUUAUAUUAACUAUGCACCGACGCAGCAUAAGAGCUAACGUGGUUGUAGAAGCUUUUUGACAGACAUACUCAGUAGAACCAUCCGCUUCUAGUCUGAACACCGUCAGCUCCCCGACGUUCACAAACCGUAAUAUAAAAAUAUACAGGCAACGCGUUCAUCAUAUAACUAUUUCAGCCUUUAACCCAUUCUAAAAGUAGGUAUUGCGCAAUGGACACUCGUGAAAAUAUUUUUUAAAUCCAAAUUAAUAGUAUAGUGCCUUUAAAUUCAACACACUAGACCCUUUUAAAAGUUUCCCUUGCUGACUAAAUUCAGAGAAAAGCAGACAAUCUUUAUUAGUAAAAUAACAUACAAAUUACCUAUACACAAUUCAGAUUUAAUGUACGUCUUCAAGUUCCACUCAACACUUUGCUCUUGACUGCUGCUCUACGAAUGUUCGUCUCUCACGCAUGUCUCUGAGAGUCAUGGCAGGUUAUCUAAACCACGGAUCUCUGUUGGACCACUUCGUUCUGAGCCCGAGAUACUUGGUCUCUGGAUCCAUGGUGCCAGUAUCUGUGAUGAUCUAUUAAACAAGACCGACAAGAAAUUGCCUCACGUACCUGAAGCGGUUCAGAUGUGCAUCAGUGAUGCAAACUAACUUUUGACAAUGGAUUGCAUAUUAUUUUUUUUACUAGGUGCAUAUGAACUAGGUGUAUUUAUUUCAAUUAAUAUGGGAGUGGCUUGAAAAUCUAUGUAUAAAUAUAUAAAAAGCACUGAGCCUGUUGCUCUGCAUGCGAGCAAAUUAUUGGCGAUGAAACUCUGCUGUGACAUUUAUUUAGCUUAAUUUUCACCUAGCAAGGAGCACGAGCUGUGGUGAAGUGAGCUAAUCUAUAGUCACGUCUGCGUGCGGGUGCACAGUUUUGAGGAUGUGCUUCGGUAGCAGUGAGGAAGACCCGCCACACGCCGAAAGACUGUUGUAACAAAAAAACAAAAAAAAAAAGAAUGAAUGAAUGGAUGAAAAAGGACUGCUUUCUAUAACUAAACACACGCCUCUCUACAAAAAAAUGUAUCACUGGAGAUCCAGCCACCUGUACCCUGCUUGUCCAGGAUAAGGAUUGAAAGGGAUUUGAAAUAAUACGUCGAAAGAGAUAUGAGCGUCAAUUUUGGCAGUGAUGCGGUAAUUAUGAGGCUGCGCCUGGGUUUGCCGUGUUAUGAAGCCGCUGCGCAUCCGGGGAAGAUUAAAAAAAGGCAUGCAGAGAGAAUUAAUAAAAAUAAGUCAUCAAUUCAGCUUUAAUAUUGCUAAAGGAGUGAGAGGAACAAUGCUGCUCUGCUUGAAAUCGGAGAUCCGCGCAGAAAUGCGUGGUAAUUAUAUGCACAUAUAUUUCUCUAAGGUUAGGCGUGGUGGUCAAGCAGCUGAACACCUCUUUUUUUUUACUCAGCUGUGUACCAUGAACCAAAGACAAGUUCUAAAUGAAAAUGCAGAUAUCUAUUUAACACUGACUACUGUUCCUAAAAGUACCGCACAUCUUAUUUCAGCCGUUAAGCCGUUUACCGCAAUACGAAAACUGUAGUGAGAAGUUCUAAGGCAAUGCAUCAUUAUAUGUAAUUAUUUAAAUGUAAAUUAAUAACAGGAGACACCUACAGCAAUGUAAUCAGUACGCCAGACUGAGAACUUUAAAAAGGAGUUUGUAACCAAUGUCACUGAAAGUUAUCGAACUUUAAAAAUCUUAAUCGCCAUUUUGAUGGGUCAUCCGACUGCAAGUUGGGACCACACUGUUGUACAUUUAAAAAAAUCAAGGCACACAUUAAGGGGUGUAAGGUGCGGCAGGGGACGACACUAGGAAACAAAAUAGGGCAGCAAUGCUAGUUAAUGAAAUCAUGUUUCUACGACAAUAAAUGUGAAGUACAAUUAAACAGAGCUGCCGUUACACAAAUGUUGAAUUUAAUGGUUAUUUUAACUUUACGGAGAGAACUUGACCUUGAGUAAUUUUGGUACCUAUAGCUGUCUGGCUCUUCUGGCCGCACUUCGUGUUGUAACUGGAAAUACUUACUGUUUCUUUUUCCAUUUUUUUUCUAGUUGCUAGUCUAUGAGGGAUAAGGUACAUGAAAAUACAGUCUGAUCUGUGACCAAUGACCUAUGCAAGGGUAAUUGUUUCGUUCUCUGUAUGAUUUUGCCAUGUAUAGCA